AUGGAGGGUGGAGACGAAGCUCUGGAGAUGGUAGUUGACUCUAAAGACAUGCAACAGCAGAGUAAAGCCUUCGACAAACUCACUGACCGCGUCGAAGAUCGCCAGCUUGAUUCCACUCGCGUUCAAGAAGCCAUGGCUUCCAUUGCUGCUUCUGCUGAAGCUGAUUGGAAUGCCAUGCGCUUGAGGGAGAAAGAACUUGCUGCUGUUAAGAUAAAUACAGCAGAUGUUGAUAUAAUUGCAAACGAACUAGAGUUGGACAAAAAGGUGGCUGAAAGAACCCUGCGUGAGCAUAAAGGUGAUGCUGUUGCUGCCAUUCGUCAUUUGCUUCACUAG